AUGGCUGACAGUCAAACAUUGUAUUUGGCCUCGCCGUGGCAGCUGGAGGAAUGUGGACUCCUGGGAGUUGCUGGUCAGUUUGACAGGAGUUUCGAAUCUAGGGUCACCUCCCUGCUGCAGAGCUAUGUUGAGCAGCAUCGUCACGACGACCUACUUGAGGUUCCGAGAAUCAGUCCAAUUCCAACCUCAUUCUCCGCCCCUCGAGAGCAACCGCAACAGCAACCACAAACGCUAAAACUGCUGGAUGAUAUACCGACACAACCGAUCAACGACCAACCCAAUCACAAAUUAUGGGGUUUUUCCCAGGCUGGUCUGGGCCCUAUUUCCUGGGACUCGAGUGCUCUCUUCCUUCGCGUCGCUGAGAAGACGGAAACAAAUAUCACGAUGAAAGACCGAGGGCUUCAGGUUUCUGCACCGGACAUGGUCAACGCCGACAAUGCAAUGCGGAUACUCACGUCUCUUGAGAAAUGCUUUGACCUCAUCGAGAACCCGAAUCAAGGGCUGAUCAUCUUAACCCCGGAACGAGACGGCGCUACCUAUCGCAUCAUGACGUUUGAGGGUAUUAGGGACGACGCUCUGCAUCGUAUUUUGAUUGACCGGGAUGUUUCUAUAUCUCUCUCAGAGAUAGCGGCUCCGGUGGUCUGUCAAUUCGACAACCUGGCCAACGAGUUUCACCCACUCCCCAAACUUCGUCAACCACCGCACGUGGCCCCAAAUCCUAAGUUGAGCACCAUUAGAGAUUGGGCAGGCUAUAAAUUCUCGGAGAUCGGUCAUCAAAGCUAUUACCACAAUGUGAGGAUUGAUCAACAUCUUGCAGCUAAGCCUGAGAUCUCCGAUGAUAAAGGUCAAGCUCAUUUCCCAAAUAUGUCUGCUGUGCACGCAAAGGAUGUCUACAAGUGGAUAUCCGGUGAUACCUGCGGUAAAGGGGAUUGGUCGUCCCAGGGCCGUAUCAAAUUACCACCGGUAGAUGAAUCCACAUCUCAUGAGCUUGUUGUGUUCAAGCCUCCACCUGAGGAUCCCAGCGAGGUUUCGCGGGCCCGGCCCACCGGCCUUCAACGUUACAUGGCCAUUCAACGAGAUGGAAGUAGAAUCGAGGCUACGCAGGCCCGACGUGAUGAUAUUCAAAAACGCCGAAAAAAUCAUCCAUUUGCCCCAUGCCCAUCAAACUUCGCGCAACUAUGUCAAACAUCGAGGGAACUGAACGAGCAGGCAGCGGCUCGGUCUUCUUCGGCUACUGAUCAACAGACACAGCCGGCCAGCGUUCUGCGGGGCAACCCUGGUUUGGAAAGCCCUGGGGGUACAGCAGGUGUAGCUGUCUCGGCGCCGUAUACCCCUGGUGAAAAUCUAGAGCCGACUACUUUGCUUCCUCGACCGAUCCACCCUACCUCAAGAAGCGAUGGGGAGCAGCUUGUUAGUAUCCCAGACUCAGAGGCAAAGGAUUCACAGGUGGAUACAAAACCUCAGGUGCGAAGUGUUGAUUCGGUGAUGGAAGAGCCCAUGCUAAGGAUCAAGAAGAAUGAGUCCCCAAUCCAAGCAGAAAUGGACGCAUUCAGCAGGCAGACAACAGCCCACAUCCCACUGAGCGGAGCCAUCGUUGAGAAGACAGGAGAUCCCAGCCCGCUCAUCGACCUUGAGUGCGAUGUGAAUACACUCGAUAGUGGCUUCAACCAAAUGGUUGGUCUCGAUCAGCUGGCCAUGGUCCCGUCAAAUGUUCUGAGACAGUCCGCGGACUUCCAGGAUGAUCAAAUCCAGCGAAGCAAGACCUCUGCAUUUCAUAGACUGGAUGAUGUGUUUGAUCUUCCUAAUCUGGAGAGUCCAAUUACACAAUUUCGUCUGAUCGGGGUACCGCAGUCUCUUCAAGAAACUUCGGUUCUAAGUGAUCAUGAGGAGUCCACUUCCGUCCCUGUUACUAGCGAGGUUGCUGCAGGUAUAUCAUCACCGCCUGGUUCAAAGGAUCUCAGCUCGCCCUAUCAGGUCGUCAGGUCUUCGGACGAAGAGGUACAUCAAGAGGAGCCUAAAUCGGGCGAGUUCCUCAGAUCUUUUGCGAAGGAAUAUCUACUCCGGCACAUCGACGAUCACUCUGGCCCAGAGACUGGCAAUGCUUUUGAGAACUUGCCGGCUGUCGGUGCUAGCCAACAUGACACAACAUUCCAGGGUCUGUCUGCUAGCUUGUCCGAGAGCAAUCAGAGUGGUGCUCAGCAACAACAACCCUUCCUCCAGGUGCACGAGGAUGUGCCACCUGUGGACGCUAGUCAGAUUGAUGAUGAACCUCAGUGUCUCUCUGCUAGCUUGCUUGACAGUGAUCUGGGUGGUACUCAGCAACAACAGUCCUCUCUCCAGGCACAUAAAAAUUUGUCCCCGCUCGGUGGUGGCCAACAUCACAGUGUACCUCAGGCUGUGUCUCCUAUAUCCGCUGGAAACUUUACAGAAGGCGCUCAGCAGCGACAAAGUUCCCACCCGGUGCAUGGUAAGGUGCCUGUUCUCCGUGCGGAUCUCAUAGAUAUCUCACCUCAGAGUCUCUCGUCUCAUAUGAAUCGCCGCCUUUUGCAACGAUCCACUUCCAACAUUGCCAAGCAGGAUACGGAUCCCAAGGGGGGUGAAAAGUUGGCCACGACGGACGAGACUCAGACGCGAGAUCUUCGCAAGACAAUGUUCCAUCAACGGCCUCCAGAAGGCGAUCCACGAGUAGCGAAUACGGAGAAUGAGGCAGAAGAAACCGCAGACACCGAAGCCGCACGUCGCGAUCUCUGGAGGCGAAGACCCAAAAUCUCCGCUAUUUGUACCAGGAAGCAGCAGACUGAGGUGAUCACAGUUGAUACUAGGAAGCGACCAACGAUCUCCAAGCCCAUGAUGUCUGAACCAGCUAAGGGACGACCAGAACAAGGGCAAUCGCGAAAAGAACAACCACCAAUGGCCAAUGCUUCAACUAUGGAGGCAAUGUUAACUAUGGAGGCAAUGCACAGAUUAUCAAAAGAGAAGAAGCUCGUUCGUGAUUCGACAAAGACUCUCUUUCACUUCCUAGAGCCAAUUCUUGAUGCCGUUCGUAGCUUUCCUGGACCACUGAGUCUGGAAAUACAGUUUGGUCUCAUGUUCAUGCCCACCGUGCCAGCGUCGAUGAAGGAAAAAGAGAUGAAUUACAAGCAACUUUGCCAGAUCUUCUUCCCUGUCGAUAACAUGACACCGCCUCCACUUUCUAUGUUUGAGCGCCUGACAUCGUCCCCUGCAGAUAUUGACUACCUCGUCGAUCUGAAGGUGAAGCAACGUCAGCUAUUUGACCCAAGCUACAGCCACCGAGGCAUCAAAUACGAGUUUUGGUGUCACACUGGCUCAGACAAGCUCAUCAUCAUCUCGGUCAAUGAUACAGGCAGUGCGAUGAUUCGCUAUCCCGAACUCCCUCUAGGCAUGGUGCAUCUAAACUUCCCAUCUCAAGUCUGGGAUGCUGCUGCUAGGAUACAAGGCUCAAUUGAGUACAGCACUGGUGAUGAUCCCGAACUCGAAGGAGCUGCUCGGGCCAUGGCGAAAAGCAUCCACAUCGAGUCAAACAAUGAGCAGCUUCGUAUGUUGGUCCAGUUUCCUCGCUCCUCCAAUCUCAGAGUUGAACAGGUGUUUAUGGAACGGUGGAGCCGUCAUCCUUACCUUUCACAGAGAAGCGGGGACUUGGCUCUUCAAAUCACCGAAGUCCAAGAACUCUCUGUCACGCCCUCCGUCCUUGACUCAGGCACCGUGGUUGUACAGAAUGCCCCUCUGCAGAAAAUGGUAGAGGAUGGAAAACAGUGGUGGCAGGCCUCAAUCGUCAGCAGCAAGGUCGAGGACAUCUUGAAGUCAAAUGCGUUCCUCGAGCCAGGCAAUUGCAACGAGUCCUGGUCUGCCGUUGAUCUCCUCGGUGCGGAUCUGGAGAAUAUCAUGCCUACUGCAAAUCAAGGCCUGAGCACCCUCGGAGCCGAAGUCGGCUAUUCGGGCAUCGGAGCAAUGUUCCAACUAGCUAAAACCGUCGUCGAGAACAUGGAUGCCGUCGGGUACUGGAACAAAGGGCCUGCUGCUACUACCAGUACCGCGCUCGUGAACCGGUCCCCUGCGGCUAGCAGGACUGAUAUAGUUGCUGUCCGGCAGAAGCCCGACGACUGGCGGAACCAGGCUCUGGUGCUGUGGGGUGAAGAAGAAAAGUACAACUCGAGCAUCUACUGGUGA